AUGGCGCCAGCACCAAUUGAUGAGCGUAUCAAGGACGUCGCGGAGCCACGCAAGGAUACACUGGGACUCCCAGAGCCAGCCCUUCAGCGACUAAAGAAGGCCGGAAUUGACCUCUCUAACGGAUACCCCUAUCGUCCAGCGAGGCCACUCUACCUCCAGGAUGUUUACAACAUCAGAAACAAGGAAUGGAAGCACAGCGACGCCGGAGCUCGCGCGGAUAAGUCGAAGUCCGCGCUGCUGUCAGCCGCCACCAAGGUUACGGAUCUGACCACCCACAUCGGAACCGAGAUUGAGGGUCUGCAGCUCAAGGAUCUCACAGACCAGCAGAAAGACGAAUUGGCCCUUCUCAUUGCCGAGAGGAGCGUCGUAUUCUUCAGGAACCAGGACAUCUCGCCCCAGCAGCAGCUAGAACUCGGCAAGUACUACGGGGUAGUCGAAGUUCAUCCCCAGGUAGCACAGGUGCCUGGCAACCUCGGCGUAACCGUCAUCUGGCCGGACCUGCAGGCCACCGAGCGAGCAGCCAACUUCCGCAGGCCGGGGGGUGCCUCGCGCUGGCACACCGACCUCGUACACGAGCUGCAGCCGGCCGGGAUCACGCACCUGCACAACGACACGAUACCCCUCGUCGGCGGCGACACGCUCUGGGCCAGCGGGUACUCGGCGUACGAGAAGCUGUCGCCAGACUUCCGCAAGAUCAUCGACGGCAAGCUCGCCGUGUACCGAUCCGCGCACCCAUACCUUGACCGCGACGACCCUGAGGCCGGCCCCAAGUUCGUCGAGCGCGUGCACCCCCUCGUACGUGUCCACCCGGCCACGGGGUGGAAGGCGCUCUGGGUCAACCGCGCCAUGACCGACCGCAUCGUCGGCCUCGAUCGCGCCGAGAGCGACGUCAUCCUGAACUACCUCUAUGACGUCUACGAGAAGAACGUCGAUAUCCAGCUACGGUUCAAGUGGACACCGAAUACCAGUGUGCUCUGGGAUAACAGAAUCACGAUACACAACGCAAGCUGGGAUUACGGCGGAAAGGAGCCGAGACACGGAACGCGUGUCACUUCGUUGGCUGAGAAGCCGUACUUUGACCCUAGCGCCCCGACUAGACGUGAAGCUCUGGGGCUUUUGGAUGAGAGCGAGAAGCAGAUCGACGGGCCGGCCUAA